AUGAAACCGUGCAGCGUACGUGGAGCUGUUGCAGCGCCAUCUGGCACGGUUGCAAUGUACGCCUACUCUUUGUGUCCGAAGGACAAUGCUGCCGGAGCAGUCUUGGAAGAGCAAUCUAGGCCCACUAUCUGCAAACACCGAAACGGCCAACCUAAGAUCGCAGAUCGGUCAACCGUGCACAAGAGUGGCGGGGUAACAGCUGGUAGCGUGUGUGAGGACCCGCCGCCACACUUGCUCGGCCACAUUGUGGGCCGGUCGGAGUGGCUCGUGGUGGCGCAGAUGGAUGACCGGGAACGGCAUCGCCGUUGUUCGGACGAAUUCGUAGCUGCCGGUGACUUCCUAUCCUACAAAUUCCCCACCUGGCAAUGGUGUGCAGGCAGCUCCUCCAAGGCGCGCGACUACCUUCCCAAGGACAAGCAGUUCUUGAUCUCAUGCGGAGUACCAUCGCUGCGACGUGUCAGUCAGAUAGAAAAGGGCGUCGGGGUCGGAGUCAAGGACGACGAUGAGAAGCUCAUGAGCUUCGGCGAGGACAGCGGUGCAGAUGCAUCCGAAGACGAUCAGUGGGUCGCUACCCACUUUGACGACCAGCAGACAGGGAGUAGCAGCCGAGCAGCGGAUAUGAUCGACAUCCCAGACAUUGGCGAAGAUCAGUCUGCACCCGAACAUCAGCUCACUGACGUGCAGCAGGACGAUCUCGCCGCUCGUGUAGCUGGCGUCAGCAUUGGGCACCAGAACAAUCCGAUCCAGCCUUCCGCUUCGGCAGGCGAUAUCGGUGACAUUCCAGACAUGCCAGAUAUCCCCGAUAUGGAUGACGAGACCGACGAUCUCGCAGGCGGCAUCGAAGAAGAGGACGACCCAGCUACAGCUGCUCCACUAAAGUUCAACAGCUCUGCAUCCGGCUCUGCUUCGGCUGGUGACAACGGCAAAUUGCUCUCCGUCCGCAAGUAUGACUGCAUCAUAACCUACGACAAAUACUACCAGACACCCCGAAUGUGGCUCGUAGGCUACGACGAGCACGGUGUACCGCUCAAACCAGCUCAGAUCUUCGAAGACGUCUCGUCCGACUAUGCGCAAAAGACGGUCACCAUCGAACCCUUCCCGCACGGUCAUGCGGGGCCGGACAGCUCGGCAACAUCUUCCGCAUCGGCUGUUGGUGUGGCGACCGCCAGCAUCCAUCCGUGCAAACACGCCAGCGUGAUGAAGAAGGUCAUCGAGCGUAUGAACGCGUCGGUGAUCGAAGAGCAGCGGAAAGCAGCUGCUGCAUCGGGUUCCGCGGGUGGCACGGGGGAGAAGAAGAAGUCCAAGAAAGGUUGGAGUGUUUCGAGUGCUGUCAAGAGGGUCACCGGUGGAGCGGGGGAUGCAAGCGCGACCACCGCGAUAGAGGCGAAGGACGCAGGUGCCGGAGCAAGUGGCGAAGCAGCAACCGGUGAGGGGGAAGAAGAGGUCGAAGGUCUGAGAGUAGACCAGUACAUGAUCAUCUUCCUCAAGUUUAUGGCCUCCAUCGUGCCAGCUAUCGAGAUCGACGCUACACAAGCUUUGUAG